ACCUCUCUCUAUCUCACGAUUGUCGGCAGCCAACUCAUCUCACACUGUCGCCGGCCACCACCACCAGGCACUGCUUUAUUGGGAUCUGUAUGUGCCAAAAGGAUUGGACUCAUCCAGGAUUUAUUUUACAUGAAAUAAUAUUGAGUUCAAGGGACUGCAUUAGCAUCAGAGUAACAUCGUGCAGUUAUAUUGCUUAUCACUUGAAUAGACCAGAUAGGAUGCAGGACAAUUCAGUAAAUGAUAAAAUAAAUCAUGUGAAGGGUGCAAUGUGUUUUCUAACUUUGUUAUCACAGUUUCAUCAACUUAUGCUCAAGAGGGUCCAGACUGCUCAUAUCAUAGCAUGCACAAUACAUUUACUAUGCUGGUGUAAUUUGACGGGCUUAUCUGGUGCAAUAUGGCUCCUUUUCCUUGUGCGUAAGAGCUGUUGAUCUGGAGAAAUACCUAUCAUUUUGAUACACAAAUAGAUUUUCAAGCUGAUGUAUGUUGUGAAAAUCGUGUGCUGCACUUUGAGUUGUGUA